AUUCACAGCUUAUUAUUUCUAUUUGUUUAUUUGCUUUGUGUUUUCUUUUUCACAAGUCAAACAUGACUCUCCUCGUUGCCCAAACUGAGCAUGGAGCAGAAGUUGAGAACAAGAAGGUAACUACUGAUGCUGAGGAUUUGUUUCUUGAUGGUGGAUUUGAUGUGCCAAAAAAUGUUUCAAACGAUGGAUUUGUUGUUCCUGGCAACAAUGCAUUUGGCAACUCAUUCAGGGAUUACAGUGCAGAAACUGAACGGAAAAAGAUCGUGGAGGAGCUCUAUCGACAGAGCCACAUUAACCAAACAUAUGAUUUUGUGAAAAAGAUGAGGGAAGAGUAUGGAAAGUUGAAUAAAGUUGAGAUGAGCAUUUGGGAAAGUUGUGAACUUCUAAAUGAAGUUGUGGAUGAUAGUGAUCCUGAUUUGGAUGAACCCCAAAUUCAGCAUUUGUUGCAAACUGCUGAAGCUAUUAGGAAAGAUUAUCCUAAUGAAGAUUGGUUGCAUUUGACUGCCCUUAUUCAUGAUCUUGGCAAAGUUCUUCUGCUUCCUAGCUUUGGAGGGCUUCCUCAGUGGGCUGUUGUUGGUGACACAUUCCCCCUUGGUUGUGCUUUUGAUGAAUCAAAUGUGCUUUAUGAGCAAUUCAAGGGAAAUCCUGAUUACAACAAUCCAGCUUACAACACAAAAAAUGGAGUUUAUUCUGAAGGAUGUGGGCUUGAUAAUGUGGUUAUGUCUUGGGGACAUGAUGACUACAUGUAUUUGGUUGCCAAGGAAAACAAAACUACUCUCCCAUCAGCUGCAUUGUUCAUCAUCCGAUACCAUUCCUUCUAUCCUCUGCACAGAGCAGGGGCAUAUAAACACUUGAUGAAUGAGGAGGAUCAUGAAAAUCUGAAAUGGCUGCAUAUUUUCAACAAAUAUGAUCUGUAUAGCAAGAGCAGAGUUUUGAUUGAUGUGGAGAAAGUGAAGCCUUACUACAUUUCCCUCAUUGAGAAGUAUUUCCCAGCAAAGCUGAAGUGGUGAAAUCCUCCAAUCUGGGCAGCUGUUGAAAAGCUUUUUGUGGAUACAACAAAUGAGUUCUAGGAAUUGGCUUUGGAAUUUUAUUUGGUGCAUUUAUUUCUUUUUUCUUUUUUCUUUUUUCUUUUUUCUUUUUCUUGGGGUGGGGGAGUGUCCCCUUGUAUGAGAGUCAUCACAAACUAUGUUCCUUUAAGUUUGUCAUAAAUGAAUGUUCCUUUGUUGAAAAUAUAUGUCUUCUCUAAUUUAUAGCUUAGUAUUCUAAUUAUUGUGCUGUGUGACACAAACUAAGAGCCCGUU